AGCUCCAAAAAAUUCGAAAAAAAUUGCAAAAAUUACCAUUUUUCACCUAUAAAUAGAGGAGCACCUUGCCCUUCCAUUCCACACCAGCAACACCAUUUUCUCUCUUGUUUCCUCCUCUCAUUCUUGUCUCAAAGUUCGUGAGAAUUAGCGAUAAUUUGGCAAAAUUAGUUUGAAUUAUUGCAAAAAAAUCCGAGCAAUUCCAAAAUCGUCAUCCUGCUGAUUUGCUAUCUUGAAGUUGAAGAAAUCUUGGUGAUUUUUUUGCAUCGUUGUUGAGUCUUAUUUUAUUAUUAGUUUUAUUAUUUGAUUAUUUCUAACUCUGAAUAUUUGCAAUUUUUGUAGUGUCAUUCGACAUUGAUCAUGGAUGCCGGUGAUCAUGAUACAUCCAUAGAUCAUGAUUUUUUUCUCCAAGGACUCACAGGGGACUACGGCCCCUUUGAUACUAGUGCUGCAGGUGAUGAUGGACCCGACGGUGAACCUCCGGUUGGUUCACAUCCAGAUCCAGGUGAUGCAGCAGGAGUGCCAUCGUCAGGCUCUACAAGUGCGCACACAUUAGCAAGCAGCGGGUCUAAAAGAUCAAGAGCCGGUACUUCCGAUGUUUGGCAAGACUUUGAAAGGAUCUACAAAGAGAAAGAUGGGGUAAGUGUCAGGUAUGCUAAGUGUUAUAUUUGUAAAAAUGAAUUAUCUGCAAAGCCCUCGGGUGGAACGGGGCACUUGAAGAGGCACGCCAUAAGUUGCAAGCGAAAGAGUGGAGCAGCCAUGAAGCAGACGGUGUUGCAGUACAACCCCGACGGCUCUGUUCAUCAUUGGGAGUACGACUCUGCCAAUGCUCGAAAAGAGCUAUGUCGCUUCAUUGCAAGAGCGGAUCUACCACUCAAUAUCGGUUCUUCAUCAAGAAGUUCAGACUCUUCGUCACGAUCGUCUACGGGCACCGGAAUUCCAACAUCCGGAGGGGAGCUAACUACCUUCAUCGACAGUGACGUUAUCAGCCACGAACAAGAAAACUUCAACAUACUGCAAUGGUGGCAUGAGCACAAGACGAAUUAUCCAGUUCUUUCACUGUUAGCGUGAGAUUUGUUAACGGUUCCUGU